AUGGGCGUCUCUGAACUGUUUGAAAAGUUUGUCAAAAGGACCAAAACAUAUAAGCCAGAUCCCAAAAAGCCGAAUAAAGCUUUCCAAACGGGAUUGCGGGAUUUGUUUGUUCCACCGUCACAAGAUCCUCUCAUUGACAUCGUCCUAAUCCACGACUUAACCGCGGGUCGUGAUGACUCCUGGGACUCGGAAGGCUCGGAUUCUUUUUGGCUAGCUGAGCUUUGUGAUGAUGAAUCAAAAGCACACAUUGCCGCAUUCGGAUACGAUGCCCAGGAGUGUCAGGUGAUGGACGACAUCAUUAACCACGAUCGAUUGAAGAGAUUUGCAGAGGCAUUGCUGACUGCUUGUCCUUUGGAAAUGAGCCAGACCAAUAAUGACCGACCGAUCAUUUUUGUUGCCCAUGGCUUCGGCGGUCUUGUAUACGAGAUGGCAUGCGCUUAUUUCCUUUGCAUCCUUUCGAAUAUCCCGGCUCUCACUCUUGCAUUCGAGCGAAAUCGUGCACAAAGAAGACACGCGGCUGUCCUUCUCGACACACCCCAUCAUGGAGCUGGCGUGGCAGAAUGGGCAAUUAUGUGUGCCAAAGAGCUUGGAGUACCAUGUGCAAAUACAGCUCAAGAGCAAGACUGGUCUGAUUGGAAUGAAUCCUUCGCUGAAAUCGAUGCCACACAGAAAUUGUUUCGAGGCAUCAUUCAGGAGCACAUGAGCAUUAAAAUUGCAGGAUGUUUCGCAACCAAACCAAUUAAGGAGACGAAACUGAUACUGUCGUCCGAAUGGGCGGUCUUACCAGAAUUCCGAGCGUUUGCUCUUGGCGGUACCCAUCUUGACAUGACAAAAUGCAGAAAAGAUGAUGCUGGCUGCAAAAUGCUCUUGGCAACACUCCAAAGGUGGUCCAGGGAUUUAACAAAAGGCAGGAUUGAUCACUCUGAUUUGGGCGAGCAUCAAGUCCCUACAGGGACGAUUGAUCUCUCGGACAAUUCCGCAGUAGUCACGCCGCAAGUAGAUGUUGCACCAGUGACUGGCGCCUUCGAUGAUGAUGUCGUGGCACAGCUCAAGAAUAGGAAUUGGCGUAUCAAGUUGAAAGCAAUCAACGAGCUUCGGCAUGCGCCUGGCCUCUCGGAAGAAAUCCUCGAAAUUGUCGCAAGGCUGCUGGAAGAUGACGACCUGGAUGUCAGAAAGGCAGCGGCCGUAAUGCUACAUUACCACUCGUCUUCUUUGGUGAAGUCUGUUACAUUCGUUGUGGACUAUCUCAAGUACCGAAGGGGCCUGUACCAAAAUUCACAAGUGGUGUGCGGAAUUCUCAACGCACUGAAAUCUCAAUUGGACAUACCAAUGGAGAUCCUCCAAGCUAUUGUGGAAAAGCUUAGGACACCGAGUACAGAUAUAGAUAUGUGGGAAAGUGCUAUGAUUCAGGAAAGCGCUAUCAACGUGCUUAAAGCUCAGCCGGACCUACCGACAGGAAUAUUCCAAAAGCUUGUCGAUUGGUUUAUGGUAAAACAUGAGGAGGAUCUAAGAAAAGCUAUCCAAGACGCUCGUACGACAGAGUUUCCCAGGAAACAAAUGAAUCUUUUGCCUAGCCGACAAAUGAGUCUUUCUCUUCAUGCUGCAUCGUCUGGAGAUCGCCAUAUUGAAGCGGGACGUGGCAUUGUGUUGGGCGUGCUCAACAUUUUCAAAUGUCAAACACAUCUACCAAAAGAUAUCGUCCGAGCUAUGGCUGUCCGGCUGGAAGGUAAGCCUGAGGAUAGGAAUGUUACCAAAGCCAUUCUAGGCGCGCUUGAAUAUCGGUUGGAUCUACUUCCAAAGGAAAUCCUCCCAUCUAUCGUGGCACGGCUCAAGCAUAAAGAUUUUGAAAUUCGACAAGCAGCUUUCAAGACUCUCCAACAUCAAUCAUCGCUGCCAGAAGGAGUCCUUCAAGUUAUAGUGGCCCAGCUUGAGGACCAAGAUUGGCGCAUUCGAGAAGCAGCUAUCAAAACUUUCCAACAUCAAUUAUCGCUGCCAGAAGAAGUCAUCCAAGCUAGCGUAGACCGGUUCGAGGAUCACUUUUGGAGCGUUCGAGAAGCAGCUAUCAAGAUUUUCCAAGGUCAAUCAUCGCUGCCAAAAGAAGUCCUCCAAGCUAUGGUAAACCGAUUCGAGGAUCAAGAUUGGCGCGUUCGAGAAGCAGCUAUCAAGACUUUCCAAGGUCAAUCAUCGCUGCCAAAAGAAGUCCUCCAACCUAUCGUGGCCCGAUUUGAGGAUGAACAUCCGCUUGUUCGAGAAGCAGCUAUCAAGACUUUCCAAGGUCAAUCUGUCAAAAUGUAG